UCAUCGCAAAUGUAUGUAGUAUAAAUACACACAACACAACUCAUCAAAACUCUUCAUCUUCUCCACUUAGCUAAGCAAUCAAAUUCUCAGUCUCCGAUCAUCAAAAUGGAUUACCCGUACGGCCACCCACUCCACAACCGCCACGACAACACCUACCCACCCCCACCCAACACCUACCCGCCCCCACCCCAAGUCCACCACACUUCCCACCAGCCCGGAUCCGACCCGUUUCACUCUUCCCACCACCCCGGAUCCGACCCGUUUCACUCCUCCCACCGACCCGGAUCCGACCCGUACCCGCCACCGCCCCAAGCCCACUACGGCGGAGGGGACGCCUACCCACCGUACCCGCCGCCGCAAGUGGAAGUUCAUGUUUAUCCGCCUGGUCCGGGUCGGAAUGACCCGUAUUCUUCCGGGUCGAAUGUGCACCAUGUGGCUCAUGAGAGUAGGCCACAUGGGUAUGGGCCGAGUGCGGUGCCGAAUCAGGCCCAUGGUGUGAUGGAUUAUCUGAGUAGGAAGCCCACUGUGAGGGUGUACACUAAGGCGGACACUAAUCACUCUCUUACUAUCCACGAUGGGAAGGUCACUCUUGCCCGAUCCGACCCGAAUGAUCCGUGUCAGCACUGGGUGAAAGAUGAGAAAUAUAGCACAAAGGUGAAAGAUGAACAGGGAUUUCCUUGUUUUUCUCUGGUUAAUAAAGCUACUGGUCAGGCAUUGAAGCAUUCUGUUGGAGCUCAUCAUCCUGUGCAGCUUAUCCCGUAUGUUCCAGAUAAACUUGACGAAUCUAUCCUUUGGACUCUCAGCCUAGACACUGGUGAGGGUUAUAGAACAAUCAGGAUGGUCAAUAACAUCCGCCUUAAUGUUGAUGCAUUCAAGGAUCACAACAAUAGCGUUCAUGACGGUACUACUAUUGGCCUGUGGGAGUGGAUUAAAGGGGAAAAUCAGCGAUGGAAGAUCGUGCCCUAUUAAUCGAUAUCGCUGGAGCUGUCUUGAAGAUUUGUGUACUAUGCGUGUAUUGGGAGGGUAUUUGAUAUAUGCAUUACCUUUGUGUCUUUAUUGUGAUUAGAAUAUUGUGUUAUAUGGUGUGGCAAUGACUUCUCUCUUGCUUCUUGUUGAACUAACUUAUGCUAUGUGUAUGGGAUGAGUUAUACCCAGCUUGGCAGUUUAAAAAUAAUGUGAUUAUGAACGAGUAUUAUAUAUCGUCUCUUUCGUUA